UUUAUACAUAUCUUCAUUCAAUAAAGGAAAUACAGAGAAAUACACAAAAUGGAGACAAAGACUCUGGAGGCCGCCGUUAAACCUUCACCUAUAGAUGACGCCAAAAUGUUCAAAGAUGCAAAGGAGAUGGAAAAGUCAACAGGGACGCUUCUUCAUAUACAUUAUCAGGAGAAGCACAUUUUCCUGCGUUUCGAGACGGAACUCCCAGAUGCACUUAAAACUUUCAAUACAGAAAGUAAUAUUAAUGUGAUGGAAGUCCGAUUGGGACCUGUUUUGAAAAAAAUGGAUGAGUUUGACAAAAUUAAAAUUAGGUUAAAUCAUGAAGUUGAUGCAUUCGUUAUCAAUGGCAUUUUUGACGAUAAUGUGCGCGAUGAGCUAUGCAAUUUAUCCAUCAUUUCCCAUGAAGAUCAAUCUAUCAGAGCCCAUUGCUUUACUCAACAAGUGUCCGAUGGUAAAGAGAAGCCAAUAAAGAGUUUUUACCAGCUUAUGAUGGAGAGGAUGAAGUAAAAUGGCGAAGGAUAUCUUGAAUUCAGUGACAGAGUAAGGAUUUAUAUCUAAAGUGUGCUUGGCAGACAGUCAGUCAUAGAUAUAAGUCUGGUGAUCCCGGCAAAAUUAUUCACGACACAGCGAUGGGAAAGUAAACAAAAGCGUACAUGUUUAACAUAUUCACGUUUUAUAAUAUGAUUUUCUCUGCUGCUAUCAAUAGUGAACAUAUCAUUGUAUGUAUAUUUAUACAAUAUAAGAUAUACAGACGGAAAAUUAUGUUAAUCCCACAACAACGUUA